AGCAAUACUUGGGGUAUGAAUGCACGAAGUGGCACUUUCUAGUGGGACAACCUGGGUGGAGAAGCCCGUAUGGGAACACUUAUGUGCAAUGUGGUCAAGUGAAGGCUUCAAGAAAAUGUCAAAGAGAAAUAGAAAAAAAUAGGUGAAAACAACGGGUCAACCAUACAGGUGGUAGAAAGACUUUUGUUAGGAUUAUGGAGAAAAUGAUAAGAUGUAGUUAGUACAUUCAUCUAUGAUUGCUGAGUUAUUUCUUGCAUGUGUGAUUGGACUACCUAACAAAUUCUUUGAUGAUAAAGAAUGAACAAGCCCUAAAUUUGAUAGCCUUUUAUGAAGAAGUGCAUUGGUCAAGAAAGAAAGGUGGAUUUAUCACCGACACAACAAAACACAAUUAUAAUCUAAUGCUUGAGCGAUUGGAUGAGACCGAGUUGGAUGCAGGGAACAUUGAUGAAGCUAGUAAUGCAAUGUUCAAGGAGGCUUUAGGACAUCGAUUAGGUUAUGCAACACGACUAGGCUACUCUGUUAUACCUGAACCAUCUCUUUCAUUGCGCAAAAAUAAGGAUUAUCAACGCAUUGUUGAAGAGAACGGAAAGAACAAGAAUGAUGCAAAUUUGUACAAUAGUCAGUUAGAGGCACUGAGAGCUGAUUUACUAGAAUUCAAGAACUAAUUUAAAGACUAUGAGAAAUUGAUCAACACUCGCAUGACUGAUCUGCAGUGUCAGAGGGA